AUGGCAAACAAACUGCACCGCUUACUGACGGCGCCAUUGACGCUGUCGAAGCGUGAGUUCGUGCAACCGAAAUUAGGGUUAGGGCUGGCGCUUCAGGGAGCGAGAACCCUUGCAACUUCUGCGCCGCCGCCGUCUCAAGAGGCGUCUAGGUUUGAUCCGCCGCCUUCCCCGUUGAAGCCGGAAGAAGCUGACAAGGAGGAAGUGAAAAGGGAAGAGGGAACUAGAAAAGAUGAGGUGGUGGAGAAUGAUGAUGGCGACUGCGUGAACAAGCUCACCGGUGAGAUUGGCGGUCCGAAGGGCCCCGAGCCAACUCGGUAUGGAGAUUGGGAACGCGGAGAUAUUGGAAACAAUGUUUUCUCCUUAAUGGUUGAUGAAUCUCGAGACAUUUCAGUGAAGGAGCAAAUGAGAGUUGUAUUGAGAUAUGUGAACAAAAGAGGGCAGGAUGCUAUCGAUGCUUUAUUUGUGAAACAUGGAUUGCCAUUAUCUAGACUGAGAGGUCAAGGAUAUGAUGGAGCUUCAAAUAUGCGAGGAGGAUCAUGUAAAAGAAGAGAUCAACUUAGGCAAAUUGAAGAUGAUAGGAUUGUUGCAAUGUUGGAGGGUGGAGAGAUUCUGAUACAAGUGUUGGAGAAUAUUUGUGAUGAUUCUAGUUCUUUUGAUGGUAGAGGGGUUGCCAAAAGUUUGAUUCAGAAAAUGGAGAAUUAUGAGUUUGUUUUCAUGUUGCACUUGAUGAAGAUGAUAUUGGGAAUGACACAUGAGUUGUCACUUGUGUUACAACAAAAGGAUCAAAAUAUUGUCCAAGCCAUAAGUUUGAUUAAGAGUGUGAAAGAUCAAUUUCAAAUAUUUAGGGAAGAAGGAUGGUAUACAAUUACAGAUAAAGUCAACACAUUUUGUGAGUUGAAUGAGAUCCAAGUGCCGAAGAUGAAAGAUAAUUGUUUGAUUGGCGGUCGUAGUAGGCGUAGAAGGCAAGUCAUCACCAAUUUACAUUAUUAUCGUGUGGAGAUUUUCUAUCCGAAACUAGUUCGACUUUGUCAUUUAUAUUCUGAGGACUUCUCAACAAAUGGUUAUAUAGUUAUUGAGCAACAACUUCAGAAUUUCAUUCAUAAUAUACGACAGGAUCCAAAUUUUUCUGGAAUUGAAGAUUUGGGAAGUUUUGCACAGAAAAUUGUUGAAACUCUAAAAAAUCAAGUUUAUCCAUUGGUUUAUUGUCUGGUUGAGAUGACAUUAGUUUUACCAGUUGCGACUGCUUCUGUUGAAAGAGUAUUUUCUAUGAUGAAGACGAUAAAGAUUGAUUCAGGUAACUGA